ACCACAGGACGUGACUGUGCUCAGGUGGCUCAGUCGCAGUCAGUCGGGUCAAUCAAGCAAACGUGCAUCUGUUAAUUGUAGUGCAGAGGUCAGAGUGAACACAGUUUAAUAAAUGGCGACACCGACGGACAGUCACCGCCCCCCCGACGAAACGGACAGCGGCCCUGAACAUGGGUCAGGAGAGACUGCGCAGAAAGCUGGGCCCGAAAGAAAAUACUGGUCUCGAAUUCUCGGCAAAAAUACAGACAAGACAGUUAUGCCAGCUGAUGGUGAAGUUCCGAGGGCCGAGUCUGCAAUCCUUGAAGGCCAUGAGGAGGGUCAUCUGAAGCAAGCAGAAAAGCCACUCCAAGAUACAGGUAUACCGCAGAGUUCUAGAAGCGUGAAGCCCUCUACAUACGAUGUCAAACAUCUACAAGAGCUGUGUGAUGAACGACAGAGAAACUUACUUGAACGUAAUCUGUAUAUGCAUGAAAUAUUUGAAGAUCUUGAUGCAACUCUACAUUCUAUAACAGUCGCGGACCAUGGAAUUUCAGGUGAGGCUCAGAUUGGAAGAGAGCUGGCUACGACAUCUGUUCCAACAUCGAGCUUAAUAAACGGACCUUUUCCUGACUCCUUACGACGACUGAUCGAAACCCUUAAAGCAGAGUUCGAUUCUCGCUUGUGUCGGAAAAUGAUUAAUUUGGGAGUGACUGACAUAACUGAUGACCCAGUUCCACCGCCAGGCACGUCGAGGGGAUCACCAGAGAAAGCGGUGAGAGGGAACAGAGAGCCGUCACGUAGCCAGGCUGGCCACAAGGACAAACAAUCUAAAGGUCAAAGUGGGCGGUCUGCUCCCAAGAAAAGAAUGACACGUAAAGAACGUAAAGGCAGUCAGGAUGUAGGGACUCCUUCCUCGUCUUCUCUCUUAUUUACCUUAGAAUUGGUUAAAACCUGUAACGAACUGACGUCCUUGUGCGAUAAGCUGAUUUCUGAACAACGGAAUAUCAGAACCACUCUUCUGACAGUCGCCAGUAGAGAAUCAGGCUGUGCCGGGUCAUGCUUUUAUCUCGCUGAUGUGUAUUUCUAUAUAUCAACAUUCUCAUCCCAGAUGCUGUCUGCCAUGAGAAAUAUAGUGGGAUGUUUUUCAGUCAUGUGUUUAACACAGAUCCAGUCCAGAUUGUUCAUAAACACAAUCAGUGCUGUCACGACUUUCACAGUUCUUUUGGAAAGGAACUUCAAGAAUUUAUAUAGACAAUAUAUUCUCCGUUCACUACGAGGCGAGGUUUCUGCACAACCCGGUAAGGCCAUGGAGAGAUUUGAGGAGGUCAGUCCGUCCACUCAGAGGUCUAUAGAAGCCGGCCACUCCAAAAAAUCUGAGGAAGCCGGCCACUCUAAGAAGUCUGAGGAAGCUGGCCACUCCAAGAAGAAGCUAGAGGAAUCCGGUCACUGUAAGAAGUCUGAGGAAGCCGGCCACUCUCAGAAGUCUGAGGAAGCUGGCCACUCCGAGAAGAAGCUCGAGGAAUGCGGUCACUGUGAGAAGAAGUCUGAGGAAACCGGGCGCUCUAAGAAGUCUGAGGAAUCCGGUCACUGUAAGAAGUCUGAGGAAGCCGGCCACUCUAAGAAGUCUGAGGAAGCUGGCCAUUCCGAGAAGAAGCUUGAGGGAGUCGGUCACUGUAAGAAGUCUGAGGAAGCUGGCCACUUCGAGAAGAAGCUUGAGGAUGUCGGUCACGCUAAGAAGUCUGAGGAAGCUGGCCACUCCAAGAAGAAGUCUGAGGAAGCCGGCCACUCUAAGAAAUCUGAGGAAGCUGGCCACUUCGAGAAGAAACUAGAGGAAUUCGGUCACUGUAAGAAGUCUGAGAAAGCCGACCACUCUAAGAAGAAGUCUGACAAAGCCGACCACUCUAAGAAGAAGUUUGAGAAAAGCGGCAACUCUAAGAAGAGGACUGAGGAAUCCGGCCACUGUAAGAAGUCUGAGGAAGGUGGCCACUCCGAGAAGAAGUUUGAGAAAAGCGGCAACUCUAAGAAGAGGACUGAGGAAUCCGGCCACUGUAAGAAGUCUGAGGAAGGUGGCCACUCCGAGAAGAAGUUUGAGAAAAGCGGCAACUCUAAGAAGAAGACUGAGGAAUCCGGCCACUGUAAGAAGUCUGAGGAAGCCGGCCACUCUAAGAAGUCUGAGGAAGCUGGCCACUCCGAGAAGAAGCUUGAGGAAUUCGGUCACUGUAAGAAGUCUGAGAAAGCCGACCACUCUAAGAAGAAGUCUGACAAAGCCGACCACUCUAAGAAGAAGUUUGAGAAAAGCGGCAACUCUAAGAAGAAGACUGAGGAAUCCGGCCACUGUAAGAAGUCUGAGGAAGCUGGCCACUCCGAGAAGAAGCUCGAGGAAUGCGGUCACUGUGAGAAGAAGUCUGAGGAAACCGGGCGCUCUAAGAAGUCUGAGGAAUCCGGUCACUGUAAGAAGCCUGAGGAAGCCGGCCACUCUAAGAAGUCUGAGGAAGCUGGCCACUCCGAGAAGAAGCUUGAGGAAGUCGGUCACUGUAAGAAGUCUGAGGAAGCUGGCCACUCCGAGAAGAAGUCUGAGGAAGCCGGCCACUCUAAGAAGUCUGAGGAAGCUGGCCACUCCGAGAAGAAGCUUGAGGAAUUCGGUCACGCUAAGAAGUCUGAGGAAGCUGGCCACUCCAAGAAGAAGUCUGAGGAAGCCGGCCACUCUAAGAAAUCUGAGGAAGCUGGCCACUUCGAGAAGAAACUAGAGGAAUUCGGUCACUGUAAGAAGUCUGAGAAAGCCGACCAUUCUAAGAAGAAGUUUGAGAAAAGCGGCAACUCUAAGAAGAAGACUGAGGAAUCCGGCCACUGUAAGAAGAAGUCCGAGGAAGCCCGUCACUGUAAAAAGGCUGAGGACGCCGGUCACUGUAAAAAGAAGGCUGAGGAAGCUGGACGCUCUAAGAAGCAGGCUGAGGAAGCAGGAUACUCUAAGAAGCAGGCUGAGGAAGCAGGACACUGUAAGAAGAAGGCUGAGGAAGCAGGACACUCUAAGAAGAAGGCUGAGGAAGCAGGACACUCUAAGAUGAAGGCUGAGGAAGCAGGACACUCUAAGAAGAAGGCUGAGGAAUCCGACCACUGUAAGAAGCAGGCUGAGGAAGGCGGCCAUUCCAGGAAGAUGUCCGAGGAAGUUGGACGCUCCAGUGGCAAGUCUGAAGAAGCCGGUCACUCGACACGUUGCAAGGAAACUGGGAGAGAGGGGCAACUUUGUGCAACUUCUCAACAACUUGAUACAUUAAUUGAGCUGUUACACGCGGCCUGCGGGGAACUACGACACGUCCCCGAGCCACAGGGAACAUCUUCAUCGACAUGUGCACCACGCUACGAGAGAGACGAGCAUGAACAUUUUAUGAAACAGAAAUGCUUGGAACUUGAGAUGAAACUGACCUCGAUUGGGGAAAGGAUCCUUUCCCUGGCAAGUAUCAUGAGCGAGCUGCAUCGCAAAAAUGAGUUAAACCUAUAACUUCUGUUUCACUACUGGUAGUUGCAAUGGCACCGAGACAUGUAUCUUAUUCUCUUAUUUGUGACGUAAUUUCUUCCGUGCUUGGUGGAAGAAUUUGAAACUUCUUACAAAGACUUGAAUCACGAAAUUCCAUAGUGAAAUUGUUUUAAGAUUAAGUUUUUAACACUGAGAAUUUUAAAUGAUUCGAACUCAUUUCUUUUAAAAGUACAGUGUGUUAAGAUGCAUAAUAACACAUAAGUGAUUUUUAAAGUUUCACAGAGUGCUGCUCGUAGAUCAGUAUACGGAAGUGACAGAUGAUUAGCUGAGACGAUGUAUCAGGCUCGUGUUCCAUAUUACAUGCGAAAGUGAAAGACAUUCUUGCAGAGAUAAUAUUUUGUGGCUAUUUUAAUAAAAGGUACCAUUAUGAAACAGUGUUUACUUCUCAGUAUUUGUACUCCGCCUCUGUGGUCUAGUGGUCAGAGCUCCUGCCUACAGAUCCAGAGGUCCCGGGUUCGAUUCCCGGCGCUACCAGAUUUUCUGAGAAGUGGUGGGUCUGGAUCGGGAAAACUGAGGAGUUACCUGAAUGGAAAACUAGCGGAUCCGGUCUCGAAAACUGAGAUUAACGGCCGUAGGAAUCCUUUGCGCUGACCACACGACACUCUAUAUCCGCAAAAGUUGGCACUAACUACGCCGACAAGCGGCGGUCGCUCGAUCUGUAUAGUUCGCUUGCAGACUAAAAGUCAUGGAGUAGUAUUUAUGUAACUCCAGGAUGCAGAGUCAUUCUUGAGAGUCAAUGGCUCUAUAUUAUUUGAUUUGCAGGGACAGUCUUGAUAGUGCAAAUUCUUGUUGUGAUUGUCUACUGCUCCUGCAAAUUGAAUCGUUUACCAGUACAUCAGGAUGCUGAAACAUAAUAUGGCUUAUAGUUGGCUAGAACACUCCCCACCUUUUACAUAUUGUUGUGCCGCUGGGGGUUACUGCCGGCCCUGACCCGUGGAGCACAUUUGGAUACCUCGUACUCAGUCCAGGGGACAAAAAGAAACAUACAAGUAACAUUCCAACUAAUAACGAAAAAUGUAAGUAAUUAACUAAAUAAAAUGACUGCAGCAAUCUUUGGAUGACAACUUCGACCUGCAGUAACCUGUGAAGUCUACUUGACGUUUACAAGCAGUGGCUCGAAUACGGGCAAGUUACUCCCUCAGCAGAGCAGCGUGAAGAUGAGGCACAAUGGCGUCAUUUCGGCUCCGUCCAGCGCAGGUUGUGGCAAACCCUCCACCUAAAUUACGAUGGCGCGCAACUGACUGCUGCUAUUAUUAUUAUAUUAUUUCCGGUCUAGAAAACCGAGAUUAACGGCCGGGAGAUCCGUUGCGCUGAC